AUGCCGGCGGAACACGGAUUGAGGUCGAGGACAAGAGAUCUGUUCUCCCGUCCGUUCCGAAAAAAGGGAACGAUCCCACUGACGAGUUACCUGAGAACUUACCGCAUCGGAGAUUAUGUCGAUAUCAAGGUUAAUGGAGCAGUUCACAGGGGCAUGCCCCAUAAAUUCUACCAUGGACGUACUGGCCAGGUCUGGAAUGUUACCAAACGUGCCAUCGGAGUUGAAGUGAACAAGCAGGUUGGUAACAGGAUAAUCAAGAAGAGGAUCCAUGUGCGUAUAGAACAUAUCCAGCCUUCCAGAUGUAAGGAAGAAGAUUUCAAACUGAGGAAGAAGACAAAUGAUCAACUAAAGGCAGAGGCAAGGCAAGAGGCGAGGUCAUCAGCACAAAGAGGCAGCCAGAGGGACCUAAACCUGGUUUCAUGGUGGAAGGUGCAACCAUUGAAACUGUUACACCUAUUCCCUAUGAUGUCGUCAAUGACUUGA